AAUUUUCAAAAAAAAAAAAAAAACACAGUUUGUUUUCCUUAAUACCACCUUUCUGUCAAGAAUCCAUAAAUCUUAAUUUCUGAUUAGUUUAUUUGAUUUAGUUUUUGUGUGGGUAUUUUUGGAAUUUGGAAAAGAUUUUAAAGUAUGGAGAACAAUUCUAAUCAUGAUAUCAAAGAUGAUGAACAGUUGGAAUUGCCACCUGGAUUUCGAUUUCACCCAACUGAUGAAGAACUUAUUACUCACUAUCUAUCCCAAAAAGUUCUUGAUAAUUGUUUCUGUGCUAGAGCUAUUGGUGAGGUUGAUUUGAACAAAUGUGAACCGUGGGAUUUGCCUUGGAGAGCUAAAAUGGGUGAAAAAGAGUGGUAUUUCUUCUGCGUAAGAGAUCGAAAGUACCCGACUGGAUUACGAACAAAUCGAGCUACUGAUGCGGGUUAUUGGAAAGCUACGGGCAAAGAUAGGGAAAUUUAUCGGGCUAAAUCGCUCGUCGGAAUGAAGAAGACUUUGGUUUUCUACAAAGGCAGAGCACCUAAAGGAGCAAAAACUAAUUGGGUUAUGCAUGAAUUUAGAUUAGAAGGCAAAUAUUCUGUUUACAAUCUCCCUAAAACAGCUAAGAAUGAAUGGGUGAUUUGUAGAGUUUUUCAAAAGAGUUCUGGAGGAAAGAAAACACAUAUUUCAGGUUUGGCGCGAUCAACUUCAUCAUUGCCUCCAUUAAUGGAUUCUUCUUCUCCAAACAGCAAUGAGACAAGGAUUUAUGAAGGACGGAAUAUGUCUCACGUGACCUGCUUCUCCGAAUCAAUGGAGGACAUCAAACCUCAAGAAAGCAUAACUAACACUAAUAAUUUUACUAACUUUAAUAAUUCUAUCUUCUUUGCCCCUUCUUCAAAUAUUUCCCCUGUUUCAGCUCUGUUUUCAAAAUCCUCUGUUCCAAACUCUCUCUUUGCCUCUCAAAUUCAACCAACUUUUGCAAAUAUACAAUACCAAGAUUCUGUUCUGAUACCUGAACAGCAAUCAAUCUUAAGGAUGUUGUUUGAAAAUCAAAGUCGGAACACUAAACAAAACUCAAAAACAGAGACCGGAUUCGAUUCUGAUAAUAUGACUGCGGUCGUAAUCAAUCCUGAAAUUGUUCAUAGGUCUUUUAAUGAUCAAGAAGCUCCUUCAAGUUCUGCUGGACCAAUUGACCUUGAUUGUCUAUGGAGUUACUGAAUUUAAAAUUACCACAAAAAGAUAAAAAAAAAAAUGAAGACCUAAUAGCAAGUAGGAUUUUUAGGUGUACAAUCAUUAUUGUUAUAUGAAUGUGGUGUGUGUAUAGAUUACUUGCAUUCAAAUAACAUGGAAGUGAAGGAUUUGCCUAUAGGAUUAGCUAUUAAUUUCUUUUUUCUUGUUUUGGAUUUUGUUACCCAUUUCCUGAAGCCAUGUGUGGAAACUCUGCUUGUAAAUAGAAUUUGUGCAUGAGGGAAAUUAAUAUAUCUAAUUGGUGUUGGUUUUGCAA